AUGUCAUACCGAUACCUCAAACGAGACGCCUCACGUUGGCAAAACCUUCCUGUCGAUGCGGCCUCGGAGCCUAAUUUUGACAAUACUCAAUUCAACCUGCUCCUCUACAUCAAAGGCCUGAAACCUUCCCCAGAGGGCGUAGUAUGGGACGGCCUGAUCCGCGCCAUCAAUGAUCUUCCCCCAGCUCACCGCACCCGCAACCUCCAUGCGCUCCGCGAGGGUCUGCUAGCCUCAGCCAGCAAUGUCACCGGUAUCAUCGGGAGGGACUACAAGUACGACCAGGAAGUAGACCUUGCCACUUCUGUGAACCUGAGGGGCAACAACCAUGCAGCAGAGCACAUGCAAGAAAUGGGCCAGUUGAUCAAGCUGGCACGGACUGCGUUCCCCGAUCCAAACGACCUGGACGAAAAUCCCGUCGAAUUAUUCACCAGUAACUUGCGAGCGGGGAGCGCCGGCUUGUCUGAAAUCUCUUACACACACCUGUUCACGUGGGCUCGGUGCUGGGCUGAAGUGCGGUAUCGGUUUCUGAACCAUUGCCUGCGCGACGACCCCCUUGAGCAUGCGAGCAUGAGGCCAAAGGACAUCAAUGACAAAGGCAAUGACGCUAACGCGCUGGUGCACGAGAGCAGAAUCGAAGACGACUGCUGGCUGGUCCAGUUCAACAAACAGGGCGGCAUAGGGUUCUCAAAUCCAGACCGGACUUUUUUCAAGAAGCUGUACCUGCUCGAACCCGAGGAGGCCCAGCACUUGUCCGAUAUGGCCAAGCAGAACUCAGGUUAUCGAACUGGGUUGCAGCCUGUCUUUAAUUGGAGCAUCCAAUUCAUCAACGAAUACUUCAAAUGGCGAACGAAAUUACUAGAAGCUGUGAGAAAACACAUCUUCAAUCAGCCCGCGGUUCGUGGUGCUUGGGCGGUGCCCAAUAAGGAUGCCGCAACUUCGAAUCAAUGGAGGCUAUUCAUGACGUCGGGCUUUGAUCCUGUCCACAGAGCCUACAAAACCGGCUUUCUCCCCGCACUGAAGCAGCUCAUGGCCGACGCGGACAGCGAGGACGCAUUCUACGAGACUAGCUACGACGCCUGCAUGAACGCCGCGACGGCUCUGAUAAAUGAGGUACGCAACACGCCGGCAAACACAUACGCCACACCAGCCCUCGGGGCACUCGAUGUUGACGGCGCCGCGACCUACUACCGGUACGAAGCGACCGGGAUCGCCGUUGCCGAACCCGCCAGCAUCUCAGGUGCCCAAAACUACCUAGCCGAUGAGCGAAGGACCGAUUGGGGUGUAGGAGUGUGCGUAUAUCUUCACGCGAUGUAG